AUGGCUUCCGAUGCGGCUUCCCGCCGCGAUGAAGAUGAGGUCUGCCCUGUCUGCAAAUCGUCGCGGUACCUCAACCCGGACAUGCGCUUUCUCAUCAACCCUGAGUGUUACCACAAGAUGUGCGAGUCAUGUGUGGACCGCAUCUUCUCAUCUGGUCCUGCAAAUUGUCCAGUAGCCGGAUGUCGCAAGACGUUGCGCAAGGCCCGGUUCCGCAAGCAGACGUUUGAAGAUAUCGGGGUCGAACGAGAGGUAGAUAUUCGGCGGCGCGUGAUGCAUAUCCUGAACCGCCGUGAAGAAGAAUUCGACUCAAAACGUGCUUACGACGACUUCCUCGAACAAAGAGAAGACAUAAUCGCAAAUCUAGUAAGCCGCAUCGACGUGGCGAAAACAGAAGCUCAGUUGCAGAAAUAUGCAACAGAAAACAUGCAAUCGAUCCGCGCAAACCAAGCUAUUGAAGCCGAGGAAGCUUCCUCAUUCCAGGCCCGCAUAACCCUUGAACAAGAAGAAGCCCGACUCCGCCGCCAAGCAGCACGCCAGGAAUACGAGACCGAGCGACGCGAGAUGCAAGCAGGCCGCGAGGACUUCCUCUCCAGACUCGCCUCCGGCUCAUCGACAGACGCCGCAGCCAUCGCGCGCGAAGGCCACAGAGUGCUGCUUAAGAAGUCGUCCGCGCGUCGCAGUGAGGAAGAGCGUAUUAGACAGAAACAAGCUGCGCUGCGUGGAUCAGAGACCAAGCGCGGGACGACUCUGUCGACGGCGGAACUUGCUGGUGCGGGGGAUACCGGGCUUGUCAAGGGUCUGCGUAAGAUCAAGACGCCUGAGCCGGAGAAAGCGUACGAUCCGUUUAUGGGCUAUGUGGCCGAAAAGCGCGACUACUACUCUCUCCAGUCCUAUUAUCCCUCUCAGUAUCUUGAUCCUAUUCGCAAUGAUGCGCGAAUGCUGGCUGGUGGGUAUGACUUGCGUGAAUACUACUCGCGCACACUGCUCGAGGCCUUUGCCGGGUUGAGCUGCUUCGUUGGGGAAGAAAUCACUCAGCGAGAUACCACUAAUGUUACGAAGUCGACGGCUACCGAAGGUGCGGCUUUGGCUGCGGAGAGUGGCCAUGGCUCUACCUAA